UAGUAUGAUUCAACAAUUAAAAUAUUAUUAUGUUGCCUUUUUCUUUUUCUCUGGUUUGUUCAACUAGAUUUAAAUGUUCUCUUGGAGUCCGGAUGAGAGAGAGAAGAUAGAGAGAGAGAGAGGGGGAGAGAGAGUGUGAUACAUCUCUGACCCGCUUUUCUGGGUUCUAAAAGAUCUAACAAUUUUUCUCUGAAUUUAUACACACACAGUCACUUGUCUUCGUUGUAUUUUUUUUUUUUCCUUCAUAUCUAAGGUAUAGAUCUCAGAUCUCACUUCACUAACCUUCAAUAUAUACACAUUAUAUAUAUGUAGUUGCAGUCACAUCUUGAUUUGCCUUCAAAUCGUUAGGUUUUUGUUGGGUGUUAGGUUUUCGUUGCGACAUUGUAAAAAAUCUUAGCCUUUCAGUUCGAUUUUUCUUGAGGUCUCCAUCUAUGUGUAUAUAUCGAAUUUUUUUUCCCAACUUUUGGGUUUUCGCGAGUUUCUAGAGAGAAAAUUGGGUCAACUUCUAGGUUUCUCUGAUUUCUGAGCUUCGAUUUUGUGAUAUUUUAAAGAAAUUCUUUGCGCUUUACAUGGUUCUUGCAGAACUUUGAAGAAGUCAUGGAGCUUUCAUAAGCUUAUAGCGUUUAAAAAUCAACAGUUGUUUUAAUAUUAAAAGUGGAAUGUAAUUUAUCACACACAGAAGGAAGGAGGAAAAGAACGUGUGUGCGCAUUAUUCUGGCAUCUUACUUGCCAUCUGUCAGCUUGGGGGGUUUAAAUGUCAUUCCGCAGUAUAGUUCGUGACGUUAGGGAUGGUUUUGGGAGCUUAUCCAGGCGGAGUUUUGAUGUUAGGCUGCCUGGCCAUCACAGGGGGAAAUCUCAUGGUUCAUUUCAUGACCUGCAUGACCAGCCUUUGGUAAUUCAAAACAGUCGUUGGGCAAACCUCCCACCAGAGCUACUUUUUGAUGUGAUCAAGAGGUUGGAGGAGAGUGAGAGUACAUGGCCUGCUCGGAAGCAUGUUGUUGCAUGUGCUGCUGUUUGUAGUUCAUGGAGAAGUAUGUGCAAAGAAAUUGUUAGAAAUCCAGAGUUCUGUGGGAAGCUUACUUUUCCGGUUUCCCUGAAACAGCCUGGACCUCGUGAUGGAACUAUUCAAUGCUUCAUCAAAAGAGAUAAAUCUAAUCUAACAUACCACCUUUACCUGUGUCUUAGCCCUGCUUUGCUAGUUGAAAAUGGGAAAUUUCUUCUUUCUGCAAAAAGAACUCGACGAACUACUUGUACAGAGUAUGUUAUCUCAAUGGAUGCUGAAAAUAUUUCAAGAUCAAGCAGCACGUAUAUUGGAAAGCUGAGAUCAAAUUUUCUCGGGACAAAAUUUAUAAUAUUCGACACACAACCUCCAUAUACUUGUGCCCAUAUCCCUCCACCAGGGCGAACAAGCCGGAGAUUCUAUUCCAAAAAAGUCUCCCCAAAAGUCCCUACAGGCAGCUACAACAUCGCCCAAAUCACAUAUGAGCUAAAUGUACUUGGGACACGAGGCCCGCGAAGGAUGAACUGCAUCAUGCACUCAAUCCCAGCUUCGGCACUAGAUGCAGGUGGCGUGGUACCUGGUCAACCAGAGCUUCUCCCCCGCUCCCUGGAGGACUCGUUCCGGAGCAUUUCCUUUUCAAAGUCCCUCGAUCACUCUGUUGAGUUUAGCAGCUCGCGAUUUUCUGAAAUUGCAGGGUCAAUCAAUGAGGAUGAGGAUGGCAAGGGAAGACCCUUGGUCCUUAAAAACAAGUCCCCGAGAUGGCAUGAACAGUUACAAUGCUGGUGCCUGAAUUUUCGAGGGCGGGUAACUGUUGCAUCGGUCAAGAACUUUCAAUUGAUUGCUUCCGCACAGCCAGCCACUGGUGGACCACCAACUUCUCAGCCGACCCAACCCCCCGAGCAUGACAAAAUCAUACUGCAGUUUGGUAAGGUUGGCAAAGAUAUGUUUACCAUGGAUUAUCGUUAUCCUCUAUCUGCAUUUCAGGCAUUCGCGAUCUGCUUGAGCAGCUUUGAUACCAAAUUGGCGUGUGAAUAAUAGAAAAUACAGUAGGAUGGUACUGAAAAAAAGAAGCAGAAAGAGAACAAUGAGAAUGACUUUCCUUGUUUUCAAUUUGUUGUUAAAUUGCUUUUCUUUUUGCGUUAUUAUGAUAGGAGUUGGCUUUUAAAGUCAUUUAUGUUGUUGUAGUAGUACUCAUUAUAAUUGUGGUGUGGUGGUUCGAUGACAGAGUCGCACCAUUGUAAAAGUCAAACGUUCUUGUUAAGACUUUGUUGUCAAGUUGUCCUUCUAUUUGUUUCUUCUAACUUGUUUUACCUCAUCAAAUGAGGAAACAUUGUAAUGUGUUUCUUGAAAUUACUUCUGAAAAAGCAAUUCACUCUCUUUUGGCAA